UUCGCCGCCGCCGCCGCCGCCCGCCAUCCACAGCCAUGCCGAAGCACGAGUUCUCUGUGGACAUGACCUGUGAAGGAUGCUCUAACGCGGUCAGUCGGGUGCUCAACAAGCUGGGAGGAGUUGAGUUUGACAUUGACCUGCCCAACAAGAAGGUCUGCAUCAACUCUGAGCACAGCGUGGACAUUCUGCUGGAGACCCUGGAGAAAACAGGAAAGGCCGUUUCCUACCUCGGCCCCAAGUAGUGAGGGCCUGGACCCUGAGCCCAUGAUGGACCAAAGGGAGCAGGUGGGUGAGGCCCCAGCCCUUGGACGGAAUAUUUCAUUAGCUAAUGCAAAUCAUGAGUUCAGGGAAUCCUCACAGCCCCCUGAGAAUACGCAGAGCACUGUGUUAUGUC